GUUCUGUGGUAUGGUGGUUAGGCACGGUCUGUCCCGACUGUGGACGCUGCAACUCCCGCCUCAGCUGGAUGGGCUGGGAAUGCCAGACUCCAAAUUGCAACUUCAAGAAAGUACCUGCGCAUACCCUCAUACCGGCGGUAUCUCUCCGGGAGCCAUUCUGGCCUUUGACGGCUAGCUACACCCUAUCGCGCGAUACACAUGUCCCUUUCAUCAAACUCAACGUUUCCUUCGCGCAUAACUACCGCAUCAACCAGUUCAUGAUUCCGGGCAUCGACGGCUUUAUCACUCAUCUCAUCGCCAACAAGACCGUCCUCGAAGAACCCGGGGGUCCCGACGACAUGUUCGAAGCAAUUCAACGUAACGACAUUGGCUUACGACGACGAUCACUCGGAAGCGGCGUAACCAAGGGCGACUCCUACACCCGGCACUUCCUUGUUAACUACGGCAUGCCGUACAAAUUCAUUGCUGCAACCGCAUCGUCUUCCUUCGAAGGGGCUGCCAGCCCGAUUACCGAUACUCGCAGCAGGCUCAACUGGGCCGCGAAGUUCCUCCUCGCGCAGGAGCAGGGUAAGUCCGUUGAAGAGAUUGCGGAAGAGUGGAAGAGCAAGGAGUUCAACGAGGUACUGGCGCUGGGCUACUUCGAGAACCAGCGGAUCAACUACCACGACGACGGCGAGUACGGCCUCGGUCCUACCAUCGCCACGCUCUCGCUCGGUGCACCGGGAACUAUGCGCAUCCGCAUGAAGGCCAAACACCACCAUGGUGUGUCGUCGGCUGGCAUUUACGACAACGACGCACCAAUGCCCGGCUGCGCCGCCUACGAAGCGCGACUCGCCAUGCACCCGGAGCUCCAGGCCCUCCAGCAGUCCGACAGCAAGGCAUACAAAAUCCGCCUGAAGCAGAUACCGAAGGAGCUGAAGCUGAAGAGAAGUGGCCAGGCGAGGGAUGCGAUUACGAUGACGCUGGGGCAUGGCGAUAUCAUGGUCAUGCACGGUGCCGAGCUGCAGAAGUACUACGAGCACUCGGUCGAUCAUACGGGGAAGUUGAGGUUUGCGCUUACGUGCAGGUAUAUCGACCCGGAGAGCUUGGAGCCGCAGGACAAGCCCACGUAUGAGGUUAAGCCGGAUAUGGGGGAGUACGAUGGUGCGAAAUUGGGGGUUGAGGCAAUGGGCACUGAGUGAUGGGCGGGGAUAUGACUUUCAUGUGAUGGGCAUUUCGAUAUAUCUUGAUGUCAG